CUAAAUUUGGGUAGUCAAAACCUAGACGUAGACGUUACCGACUACCGAAGCAAGCGUCCGCCGUCGGCGGCGCCGUCCACCGCAGAAGCUCGCAUUUGAUGCGGCGGAGAAAUUUACAUCCCACGCAGUCCAUUGCCGAACUUCACGGCGUGAAGAAAACUGUUGCGGAGGAGAAUUUGUCUACAAUAUCUCGACACAUUGCUCCUAUUUUUCAGUUCCCACAACUUCUGAUCGCAUUUUAGUUGAUCCCUCUUCUUCAGGCGAUUCAAGUUCGAUCCCUAUUUUGUGGUCAGAGUUUAUACUUGGAAAUGGAAAACGGUGAUCAGUUCAAGCAGUUUCCUGAUGCAAGAUAUGAAUGUCUUCUCUUUGAUCUAGAUGACACCCUUUAUUCUUUUAACUCUGGUUUGGCUAAGGAAAUCACCAAGAACAUUCAAGAAUAUAUGAUUCAAAAGUUGGGAGUUGAAGAGAAAGUGCCUGAAAUUUGCAUUUCCUUGUACAAGAUUUACGGGACAACAAUGGCUGGUCUUAGAGCUAUCGGUUAUAACUUUGACUAUGAUGAUUUCCAUAGUUUUGUUCAUGGUAGGUUGCCUUAUGAUAUGCUGAAGCCUGACCCUGUAUUGAGGAACCUCCUCCUUAGCUUACCAAUACGGAAACUUAUAUUCACAAAUGCUGAUAUGGCUCACGCAACCAGAGUGCUGAAGAGACUCGGAUUAGAGGACUGCUUUGAAGCGAUUUUAUGCUUUGAGACUUUGAAUCCUAAUAAAGGAACAGUUGAUGAUGAGGCAGGAUCUGAAAUUUUCGACAUUAAUCAAUGUAUGAGCAGUCAAAACUCUGGUCUUGACCUUCCGAAGACACCGGUCAUCUGCAAACCAUUUGAAGAGGCAUUCAAGAAAGUUUUCAAGAUAGCCGAUAUCAGCCCGCAAAAAACUUUGUUCUUUGACGAUAGCAUUCGUAAUCUGCAAACCGGGAAGUCUACAGGCCUUCACACAGUGCUGGUCAGUAAUUCACAACGAAGCAAGGGGGUGGAUCAUGCGUUCGAGAGCAUUCAUAAUAUCAGGGAAGGAUUGCCAGAGCUCUGGGAAGUCGAGGAGAAGGCCGACAGUGUGACGUGCUCCGGAAAGGUAGCAAUUGAAACUUCAGUUAGAGCUUAGUAUUUAUGAUCUUAUUUUACACAUGGAUAGUGCAAAAACUCUUGGCUGUUGCUAUGAAUGAGAAAAAACAGAACUGAUUAAAAGAGCAUGUUACUUUA